UUAGUAUCUUGAAACCCAUCUCACCGAGUGUUAGUGCCAAAACGAAAUGCGGCUCGAUUUUCGUUUCUUAUGUUUCAUAUUUUAUUUUCACGGAUCGGUGAACUGUGCUAAUAUUUUGUAUUUGGCAGGCCUCGCAUCUCCAAGUAACGGGCUAUGGCAUUUCAAACUAAUAGAAGCGCUUGCAUCUCGAGGUCACAACCUGACAGUACUCUCAGUAAACAAAUCCAAAAAACCAAUCAGGAAUACCCACGUAAUAGACAUGCAAGAAGUCUAUUCAAUGGUCUAUGAAAAUGAGGAAUAUGGGCUGGACGACCUCAUGAAAACGGAUAGCUUUAGCGAAAUCCAUUCAACUUUUGAAUGCGUGUACAGAUUCUGUGAAGCAAUUGGCAAAACUGAUGGAUUUCGAACGCUACUAAACUACCCUGACAACUUCGAGUUCGAUUUGGUCAUGGACGACUUCACCGUCGCAAGCUGCUUGGUUGGUUUCCUCCACAAGUUCAACUAUCCUCCGCUAAUUAACGUUUCGCCAUUCAAAUACAUCGUUCCGCAUGCCGAAAUGGUUGGAGGACAUUUCUACUCUUCCUAUAUUCCUCGUCCAACUAAGCCACUCAAUGUGAAUAUGACACUCAUGCAGCGAGUGGAGAAUUUUGUGGCAGUAGUCUACGAAGUCUUAUACCGAAAAUACAUUUUUCAACCUAGAUUUGAUAAACUUGUCUCAUCAUUGUACAAUACCAAAAGCCUACCCAGCGCUUUCGAUUUGUCGCAAAAGGGAGUUCUCACAUUUUUGAAUGUUCAUCCCGCAGUAGACUUCCCUGUGCCUCUACCACGAAGUGUAAUCGAAGUUGGAGGGUUGCAAAUUUCCGACCCCAAACCAAUUCCAUCGGAUUUGGAGAAUUUUAUACGAGACUCCAAAAAAGGAUCAGUUUUAAUAUCCUUCGGCACCAACGCCAAUGGUGAUCUAUUUGAUGAUAAGAAACAACAAAUGAUCAUCAAUGUUACCAAGAAAUUCCCGGAAUAUAAUUUUCUCUGGAAAUUUGAGAAGGAUCCGUCAAAUGGCAAAGUGCCAAAUUUAUUAGUUAAAACGUGGUUGCCGCAGAAUGACAUCCUUGCCCAUCCCAAAAUCAAGGCAUUCAUCUCGCAUGGAGGAGGGUUGAGUACCCAGGAGGCUACAUGGCAUGGAGUUCCUGUUGUCACUAUUCCAUUCUUCCUGGACCAGAGAACUAAUGCAUACAAUUCAAUAAUGGCUGGUGUGGCGACGCAUGUAGACAUCAAAAGGAUGACAACCGAAAAUUUAGAGGGGGCAGUUCGAGCAGUUCUAGAAAAUUCAUCCUAUGCAGAGCGAAUGAAAUUGCGAUCAUUCCGGUUUAAAAGUAGACCAAUGAAGCCCUUGGAGACUGCACUUUGGUGGAUUGAUUACGUUCUUGAGGACCCAAAUCCGACGCAUUUACGUUCGCCUGUGAUUGACUUAGGAUAUUUCAAGGCAAAUUCCUUCGACAUAAUCCUAUAUGGUCUUACAAUUGUGAUCCUUCUUUGCUGUAUCAUUCGGUAUUCUGUUGCGUUCUGUUGAGUUCCAACGAUUCUACAGGAAAAAUGAAAAUAAAUUAAAUUAA